CGCCGCUCGCUCUCUCGCUGAGUCCGCGCGACCCGGUCGGUUUCGGACGCUCGUCGCCGCCUUCGCCCGCUCCGCGCAGCGCCGUCGAGGCCGGGGUGGCCCGGAGACAGACCCGCCAUGGACUUCGAGGACGAUUAUUCACACUCCGCUUGCAGGAAUACUUAUCAGGGUUUUAAUGGAAUGGAUCGCGAUUAUGGCCCUGGAUCUUAUGGAGGGAUGGAUCGUGACUAUGGCCAUGGAUCCUAUGGGGGUCAAAGAUCCAUGGACUCCUACCUAAACCAGUCAUAUGGCAUGGAAAAUCACAGUGGUGGUGGUGGGGGUAGCAGGUUUGGACCUUAUGAGUCUUACGACUCCAGGUCUUCUCUGGGUGGGCGAGAUCUGUACAGAUCUGGCUAUGGUUUUAAUGAACCCGAACAAAGCCGCUUCGGAGGUAGUUAUGGUGGUCGAUUUGAGAGCUCCUACCGGAAUAGCCUUGACUCUUUCGGAGGUAGAAACCAGGGCGGGUCUAGCUGGGAAGCACCUUACUCCCGUUCAAAAUUGAGGCCUGGGUUUAUGGAGGACAGAGGAAGAGAGAAUUACUCUUCCUACAGCAGUUUUUCUUCACCCCAUAUGAAGCCUGCACCUGUAGGCUCUCGGGGGAGAGGAACGCCUGCUUAUCCUGAAAGUACGUUUGGAAGCAGAAACUAUGAUGCUUUUGGAGGACCAUCAACAGGCAGAGGCCGAGGCCGAGGACAUAUGACUGAUUUUGGAAGCAUUCAUAGACCUGGAAUUGUUGUUGACUAUCAAAACAAACCCACAAGUGUGACAGUUGCUGCUGCGAGAGGAAUAAAGAGAAAAAUCAUACAGCCAUUUAAUAAGCCCGGAGGAACUUUUAUCAAGAAACCCAAGCUAGCCAAGCCCGUGGAGAAGACAGCACCCAGCAAAUCACCCACAAAAACGGAUCCUAAAAAAGAAGAAGAAGAAAAGAGAAGGAUUGAGGCCCGGCGAGAAAAACAAAGGCGAAGAAGAGAAAAAAACAGUGAGAAAUAUGGAGAUGGAUACAGAAUGGCAUUCACAUGCUCAUUUUGUAAAUUUCGGACAUUUGAAGAAAAGGAUAUUGAACUGCAUCUGGAAAGCCCUUUACAUCAGGAAACAUUAGAUCAUAUUCAGAAACAAACCAAAUUUGACAAAGUAGUUAUGGAGUUUUUGCAUGAAUGUAUGGUCAAUAAAUUUAAGAAAACAUCUAUUCGUAAGCAACAGACAAAUAAUCAAACAGAAGUAGUAAAAAUAGUUGAAAAGGAUAUUAUGGAAGGUGUUACUGCAGAUGAUCACAUGAUGAAAGUAGAGACUGUUCACUGCAGUGCUUGCAGUGUGUAUAUCCCUGCUUUACAUAGUUCAGUUCAGCAACAUUUAAAAUCUCCUGAUCAUAUUAAAGGGAAACAAACUUACAAGGAACAAAUAAAAAGAGAGAGUGUCUUGACUGCAACGAGCAUUUUAAAUAAUCCAAUAGUGAAGGCACGAUAUGAACGUUUUAUUAAGGGUGAAAAUCCUUUUGAAAUUCAAGAUCAUUCUCAAGAUCAGCAAAUAGAAGGAGAUGAAGAAGAGGAAGAAAAGAUUGAUGAAGCUAUUGAAGAAGAUGAUGAAGAGGAAGUGGGAGAAGCAGAGGAAGUGGAGGAAGCAGAAGAAAGGGGAGAAAGUGGAGCUGAAGAAGUGGCAGACACACAGGAAGGGGGAGGGGACACCGAAAAUGUAGGGGAUGAAGCUGCAGCAGGAGGAGGAGAUGAGGGAUUGGAGGAGGUCAAGGAAGUGGAGGAAGCAGCAGCAGAGGAAGAACCUGUUAGCACCCUUGAUCAACCUGAAGAAAAUUAAAUUACUAGAUUUAAAAGAAGCUUUAAAUUUCUGUCUAAUGUUGAAAAUAGUAAGAAUUUAAUAGUUUAAACACCCAUGUUGCAUGCAUUCCACACAUUAAAAUUUGUUUUCUAUAAUUUCUAAAUGUUUGGCAUUUGUUUAAUAAAAUGAGGUAAGACUAUUUUAGUUUUUAGUUUUACAGGUACCAAACUUAGAUCCAGAAAAUUGUUUGUAUAAUUUUUAAGCUUAAUUUUUAUUACUUGAUUGGUAUUAAGGAUAAUAGAUGUGUAUUGUUAGUAUACUUAUUCGAAUCAUUUGAACUUGAACUUAAAUGCUGCUCUUGGGAGUGGAGUAUACAAGUGUGCAUUAAUGUUCUGAGUACUUACCCUAGACGAGAUAAAUUGGGCAAGUAUUUUGUGCUCUGUGUAUUUUUUUACUGCCUUGGACAUUGAAUAGUAAUUGCGUUAAGAUACGCUUAAAGGCUUUUUGUGACCAUGUUCCCCUUUGUAGCAAUAAAAUGUUUUUUACAGAAAAAUUUUUUCUCCCUGGAUAAGCAAUUGUAAAUCACAAUUCAUCAGUUAAAUAAGAUUUAAAAUCAGGAUCUGCCUUAAUGCCUGAAUGCAUCUCACAAGUAUUUCAAGAUGAUUGGGAAGGCUUGAAUUAAAGAAAAAUUAUCUCAUAUUUUUAAAAGCUAUGAUUAGAUUUUUAACAGUUCAAAUGGAGGUCUGUAUAUAACUGACCUGUUUUUACUUGUUUUAAUUCAUUCCUUUUCUCUAUGUCAGAUCUUGAAAUCUUUAAGAUACAUUUGAACAUAAUCUCUCACAGUUGUAUUAGGGUUUUUUUUUUUUUUGUCUGUUUUUGGUUGAAGACCACUCAUUUAAAAAAAAUUAUCUCAUAUAUCUCGCCUUUUUGAAAUUUUUUGUGGCUUAUAGGCUUACAUAUUCAAAAAGAAAAGAUGAGAUGAUGGAUAAAACCACCUAGGUCACUGAAAAGCAGUGCUCUUAAUCAGAUCUUGAUUCUCUAGCCUCUUUUUAAGAGGGGGGGUACUUUUUCAAUGAAAAUAUCUUCUCAGAAUUUUGAGACAUCAACUGGUUACGUAUAUGGUAACAUUAAAUAUUUGAGACAUUGCGUGGAUGGAUGUACGAGUAUUGUAGACGUUCACAGGUAAUUUUAUUUGCAUGCAAUGAGAUUUUGGUUCAUUAAGGGCUUAUUUUACAUUCAAUGUUCUUUAUUAGCUGUGAAAAAUCAAAGGCAUUUAUCUAAUUGUUAGAAUUUGGAGUAAAAUAAGAGGGAGUUAGUUGAAGAUGGGGAUAUUUGUAUUGUAAUGAAACUAUUUAACAGGCUCCAGAAAGCCUCUGCUCAGGAGUGUAAAUUUUAGGACUUGUUUAACUUUCUUAUUUGUGGAAUGGCAAUUGUAAAGAAAAAAAAAGAUGCUUUAGGUUUAGAAUUGGUGGACUUUUUUGUCAUGAAAAGUUUUUUUUUUUUUUUAAAGGAAUGUCUAGUAAAUUGAGAUGUGAAAUUUGGAAAGGAUUCAGUCCGAUACUGUUCAGCAGCUUCGAAACAAAUGUUUUAUAGAUUAGAUAAGGAAAAAAUCAUUAGUGAUAACUUGUGGGAAAUUUGUAAGAAACCUUUAUUUAGAGUAGUUUAUUUGCAAGGUAUUAAAAUGUAUUUUAUUAUUGUGUUUAAUUUAGAAAUGCAAAUAUAUGUAUAUUCUAUUUGAUCAUUUGUAGCUAGCCAAUUUAGUUUGUAGGUAAAUUAAUUUUUGUGAUCCUAGCAUUUAUAUUUUUCAAUAACUUUUGUAAUAAGAAUUUAUGUAAGACCUUCAAUAACUUUUAAACUUCUGUUAAUAAUACUUGUUUCCUUUAUUAAACAUGUACAGUGCUGAUAACCAAAGAAACUUAUUUGCAACCUGAA